GCUUUGAGAUUCAUGCUUCACUAUGCAUGAACUUUUCUCAAUAUUACUCAUGACUUGUUAUUACCCAUUGAACCCGUUUCUUGGGAUCUCCAUUCUAUCGGGUCGGGUUACCAUCACUUGUAAUCCAUGGUUCGGUAGGCAUAAGUCUCAUACCUUCAUGGUAUUUUGGACUUUUCUCUCUAGAUAAUCCUUUCGUCAAAGAAUUAGCUAGAUUUUGUUAGGACCUUACAGGAUCCACCCUUAUUGCUCCUAUCAUUAGGAGUUCUCUUACACUACUGUUGAUAGACCGUCAUUUACACAUGUUUUUACCCCCAUUCUUACACCGUUUGAGGUGUUGAUUCUCGUGUUUUAGGCCGAUUUCACGCUAGGUUGUGCUUGUUUGUGAUGUUUCAGGUCCUAGUACGUGAAUGAAGGCUUAGGAGCGAGUCUGGGGUCGAUUGGACGAAGAACGGACGAAUGGCGAGGUUUUUGGGGAGCUGCACGGGCAGACCAGGGAGGCUGCACGGCCGUGCACGGUUGCAAGCUGGCCGUGCGCCUCAUGCCGAGGAGAUGCACGGGCAGGCCCUGAAGAUUGCACGGCCGUGCACCUGGCCGUGCAAGAAGCCUGAGUUCGACUUAAGGGAUACGCUGCGUUUCAUGGUGCACGGCCAGAAUGGUGAUAUGCACGGCCGUGCACCCUGGCCGUGCGAGUCGGGAUUUCCUGGUUUUAAGCCAAAUUCCGAACCAAAGAAGAGAGAGCUGGGUUUUGGAUCCCAAACACCCAAGGGACGAACCCUAGAGAGAGAGAGCGACUUGGGAACAUUCUUGGAGCUAUUUUGGAGGAUUUCUUCGCCAUUGGAGCUCGGGAAUCAAGCUUGGAGAUGGAGAUUGAAGAUCUAGAUCAGAUUUCUGCAGUCUCUCUCUUCUCUAUGGAGUAACUUCCCUUCACUUAGGUUUUGAGGAACCCUAGUUCCAUGAGUUAGGAUCUUUCUUGUAUGAAGUUUUGGAUGCUAUGUUGUUUGAUUAUAAUCGAAUGAUGCAUGUUUAUUGAGUCAAUUGAAGUCUGAUCAACUUUUCCUGAUUCCUGCUGCAAUCUGAGAUAGAUAGAAUCUGAUUAGGUUGCUAGAGUCUCAUCAUUCGGUAGUAGGAGAUUGGCUAUACGAGAGUUAGCCAGUUUACUGCUUUGUACUGGAAUCCAAUUCCAGUAGUGGAGUUCUGUGCUUAUUGCUUCAGCUUUCUAUCCCGGUGAAGACUAGUCGUCUGCCGGAUAGUUAGACUGAGAGGGCUUGGUCAGCUUAAGAGAUUCCAAGCUACUGUCGGAUCUUCCGCAGUUUAAUCAACAGUAAAUCAACCA